GGCGGGGCUUCUCAGCGACUGUCAAGGAAGUGGCUGUGUGACCGCAGAGCUCCUGCACGCUGUCUGAGUGCGUCCACUGUCGCCAGCAUGUCGAAAGACACCGAAGAGAUUCUGGAGGCCAAGGUGAUGUGGUACCCGGACUCGAAGAAGAACACGCAAAUGGAUCGCUUCAGAGCGCACAUCAACAGGGCCUUCGCUGUCAGUUUGGCAAACUACAAUGAUCUCUACCAGUGGUCUGUCGAGAAUUAUCCUGAGUUCUGGGCUGAGGUGUUCAAGUUCUGUGGCAUCACCUGCUCGCAUAUGUAUGAGGAGGUGGUGGACCACACCAAGAGGGUGUCUGAUGUUCCCGAAUGGUUUAGGGGCUGCCGAAUGAACUAUGCUGAAAACCUUCUGAAGCAUAAGGAUCAGGACAAAGUGGCUCUUUACUCAGCAACUGAGGCCCGUGAGGAGAUCACCAAGGUGACAUUUGGAGAGCUACGGAGACAUGUCGCCUUGUAUGCUGCUGCCUUGAGGAAAAUGGGAAUAAAGACCGGGGACAGGGUAGUAGGUUAUCUGCCCAACAGUAUUCACACGGUGGAGGCCAUGCUUGCGGCUGCCAGCAUUGGGGCUAUCUGGAGUUCUACCUCCCCUGAUUUUGGGGUCAAUGGUGUCCUAGACCGUUUUUCUCAGAUCCAGCCCAAACUUAUCUUCUCAGUGUCUUCUGUGGUGUACAAUGGCAAGGAACAUGAUCACAUGGAGAAGCUCAAGAAUGUAGUCAAAGGGUUGCCUGAUCUGGAGGGAGUGGUGGUCAUUCCCUAUGUCCGCACAAGGGAAGAGACUGACAUCUCCAAAAUACCCAACAGUAUGUUUUUGGAGCAAUUCUUAGCACUCGGGAAAGAAGGAGACCAGGACCCACAGCUGGAGUUUGAGCAGCUUCCCUUCUGUCAUCCACUGUUCAUCAUGUAUUCAUCUGGCACUACGGGCGCCCCCAAGUGCAUGGUUCAUUCUGCCGGGGGUACCCUCAUUCAGCAUCUGAAGGAACACAUUCUCCAUGGCAACAUGACCAGCAGUGAUGUCAUCAUUUACUACACUACGACUGGCUGGAUGAUGUGGAACUGGUUAAUAUCAUCCUUAGCUACUGGUGCUUCAGUGGUUUUGUAUGACGGUUCUCCCCUGAUGCCAUCCCCCAAUGUUCUCUGGGACCUGGUUGACAGACUGGGGAUAACAAUCUUUGGGACAGGUGCAAAGUGGCUGUCAGUCCUGGAAGAACGGAACCUGAAACCAUCUGAAACCCACAACCUGCAGACCCUGCACACGAUUCUGUCCACUGGCUCCACUCUCAAACCGCAGAGCUAUGACUAUGUCUACAAACACAUCAAGAGCAAUGUUCUUUUGGGAUCCAUCAGUGGUGGAACUGAUAUCAUCUCCUGCUUUAUGGGCCAGAACUUCACAGUACCAGUAUACCGGGGAGAGAUCCAAGCCCGAAACCUGGGGAUGGGUGUGGAAGCCUGGAGCUGUGAAGGAAAGCCAGUUUGGGGGGAGAGUGGAGAGCUUGUUUGCACAAAGCCAAUGCCCUGUCAGCCAACACAUUUCUGGAAUGAUGAUAAUGGUAGCAAAUAUCAUAAAGCCUACUUUUCAUCAUUUCCAGGUUUCUGGGCACAUGGAGAUUACUGUAAAAUCAACCCACAGACUGGAGGAAUAGUCAUGCUGGGAAGAAGUGAUGGAACCCUGAAUCCCAAUGGAGUUCGGUUUGGAAGCUCUGAAAUUUAUAACAUUGUUGAAGCAUUUGAGGAGGUGUCCGACAGUCUGUGCAUCCCCCAGUACAACAAAGAUGGAGAGGAAAGAGUUAUCCUCUUUUUGAAGAUGGGGCCUAAGCAGAUUUUUUCUCAAGAUUUAGUAGGCAAAAUUCGGACUGCCAUUCGUGUUGCUCUUUCUGCUCGCCAUGUACCAGCCCUCAUCCUUGAAACCAAAGAUAUUCCGUACACAAUAAGUGGGAAGAAGGUUGAGGUGGCAGUAAAACAGAUUGUGGCGGGUAAAGAGGUGACACAGCGCAGUGCAUUCUCCAACCCUGACUCUCUGGACCUGUAUAAGAACAUUCCUGAGCUGCAGAACUUUUGAAGAUCGGCCGUGUGGGGAGAAAUCCUCAGGGGUGGUAAGGAUGGAGUGUGAAGGACUGUGGACAAAAGUGAAAGUAUGUGGAGAAGGAGGGACGGCGCACCAUGGAACAUUUCAUCACAGCUGGCGUGGUGUCUUGAGGUGACCCUGGAAGGCACUAAAAAGGGACAACAUAUAUACAUGUAUACAUACUACAUAAGCUUUAAUUCCUUGAAGACAACAAGUGACAAUAUAUAUAUAUAUAUAUAUAUAUAUAUAUAUAUAUAUAUAUAUAUAUAUAUAUAUAUAUAUAUAUAUAUAUAUAUAUAUAUAUGGCCAUCCCUGGAUGUAAGCAGAUGUAAGAAGCCAUUGUGAUUGUGUACCCUUACUUUCAGAGGCCAUUGCUGACUUUCCUAAUCGCUGUUGGCCAUUCUCUUAAGUGGCUUCAAGAAACAGAUUUAUUUUCCCUCUCUAUCCUGAACCGCUGGAUUCUUGUGAGAAAUUCUGCCUUCUGCCAGCAACACACCUGAGAAAAGGCUUGAGAUAUUUAUAAAUAUAUAUGUUUUUUUCCUUUCCCCAGUGCUUAGAUGGAAUAACCACAUUAUAAUUGAAGGCCCAUUCUUUGCCAGGCUCACCAUCAUCCAGAACUGAAUAUAAUUAUUGUGUUUUUUUCAUGCUCACGGAAACCCUCGUGUCAACUGGUUUAAGUCAGACAUAUUUCCUUUGUACGCAAAGAAUAUCUAAUGGUUUUAUGUAUGUCCUUUUUACACUUGAGACCUCAUAGUCACUUUGGCAUCCCAUACCUGCCUUCAAACAGAAAAGAAAACAGGGGGCAGCUUUCCAAGCAGUUUAUUUCUUGCGGAGGACAAGUGUUAAAGAUUCAGUAGAGUGCAGAAUUUUGCUGUGAAUGCAAAAAAAGACAAGACCAGUGAAAGUUAAUGCAUUGUAACCUUAAGAUCCAAAUGCAGUUAAAGAGUACGGGGCAGGGGAGUUGCUCAGGGCAGACAGACAAUAAGGGGCCCAGAUUUGUGCUUCAAGUUUCUGCCCUUUCCCAAAUUCUGAGUGUUUACACGUUUUCAAAUUAGUAUUAUCCAGAAAGCAAUCUGUCUUUUAGUGCCCAUAAAGAUCUUCAGGCUCCCUGGGUUCAUUAGCUUGACCCGUACUGAAGGUUACCCGUAGCCGAAUGACAUCGUGACCGAUUGAUGCUUAGGGAGGCGCACACCGAGUGGGGUGAAAGGCUUUCCAUUAAUCGUCUAGUAUUUGUUCAAUUACCACAUCUGUCUUUUGAAAUCAUGUAGUUGUUCUGUGUCUUUAAGAUGUCUGUACACUGUAUGGAACUUUAGGCUGCCUCAGCUGUGGAGUCAGCUUUGCUUUCCCUGUGUUAUAUGAAUUUGAUAAAGGCUUCUAAGUGAAGAAGGAUCAAAAUAACCUUGGUCUAACUGAAUGUUGGCUGCUCAGGGCUUGACCCAGUUUGAACCUACCCACUUCAGACUUAGAGAAGAACUAUGAAAUAGACAAAGGUUAAGUGGAUCUAACUCACACUGGAAGUUAACCCAAGCUGCCUGAUCCACAGUAAGAUGAAAGUAACCUGCCUAUACCUGAGCCAAUAUACUGAAGCUUGAUUACUGAGAAUAACUACAAAUCUACCCAGAAGCUGAAUCCUCCUAAAGUGAUUCUACGUCAAGGCCACUUUUUUCUGACAAGAAUAUCUCUAAAGCUGGUCCGUGUAUAUCAGUAGGACUGCACCAUGACUGGCUGGUAAGACCUUCCUGGGUAAGUUCCACCGGUAAGACUCGAGGCUUUAGGGAGUGACGCCUGACUUAAUCAGUUUCUAGGCUAGGAGUCGAAGCUUGUAUUUAUUCAUGAGUAACUGUGGGAGAGUCAAAGUAAGUGAAAUUAAGUGGUUCAAAAUUCAAACUACAGGCGUUGACUAGUAAGGGCCAAGGUUACUCGAACAGCUCUGUGACUACCAGAGAAAGACAGAGCAGCACUGGACCAGCACAGGGCCGCCUUUUAUUCUGUAUUGUCUUUGCAUGUAUAAACCAUCCAUUCCAUUGAAUGUCGUCCUAGUUAGGGAUGAACAUCAUAAUAUUAAGAAAAAAGGAAUCAUUUUAAAUGUGGUAUGUAGAAUGUAUUAUUUUUUUAAGGCUCACAUUAUAUUCUUAACAAAGUAGAACUAUUACUGUACUGGUUUUAAAUGGAAAAUCACAAUUUAUUUAAAGUGAAGGUGUUUUCUGUGUUUCUGCAUUUUGUUACUAUAAUUGUGAAUGAUAUGUAAAGCUUGUUUAUUUUUAAAUAAUUCAUUUAAAAAGUUGGAAACAUUUGCUAUAUAUUUGUCAAGAAGGCAAUAAAGGAACUAAAGUCUAAA